CGCCUUCCUUCAUCACUAAGCGACGUCACUGUAGAAGGACCUAAGGGAGGAACUCACUCUGUGGAACAGGCAGACACUCAGGGGGCCUUCCUCAUUACUGGCGCGCCGGCGGGUCGCCUUUACACAAUGCCGGCUUAAUGUUCCGCACAGCUUGGCUCAGACACGCAGCAGCAACAACCGCAUCAUUGUGUACAUGUCAUUGUGCGAGUCCGGGAACAAUGAGAUCUCCAAGCUGGGAGGAGCUUUGAGACUGAAAGCGUUGAACGAAACCGGCAUUGCUGAAGUCACGCUGCGAGGGCUGUAGUGUCGGUGGGGAGACCUCCUCCUCACAGCCCGGCUUGUAUUCCGGUCCCCAGUCCCUCACCUCUCUCCCCCUGUGACACUGCAUGGGGAACCAGGCCGGUAGCUUCAUGGUGUGGCGCAGGCUCUGACCCACCGCGGCGUCGCCGGUCACAGCUGUCCCUGAGGGAUGUCGCAGAGAGGCGGCGACAUGGACAGGACAAUAAAGGAGACCUCCAUCCUAGAAGAAUUCAACAUCAAUUGGACCCAAAAGCUUGGGGCUGGAAUCAGUGGCCCAGUGAGAGUAUGUGUGAAAAAAACAACGCAAGAGCGGUUUGCACUAAAAAUCCUUAUUGAUCGCCCCAAAGCCAGGAAUGAGGUACGGCUACACAUGCUGUGUGCAUCACAUCAAAACAUUGUCCAAAUUAUUGACGUUUAUGCAAACAGUGUGCAGUUUCCCCAUGAAACUAGCCCCAGGGCGCGGCUCCUAAUUGUUAUGGAGAUGAUGGAGGGGGGAGAGCUGUUUCACAGAAUCAGCCAGCACCGGCACUUCACUGAGAAGCAAGCCAGCCAAGUAACAAAGCAGAUUGCUUUGGCCCUAGAGCACUGUCACUCACUAAAUAUUGCACAUAGGGAUCUGAAACCAGAGAACCUGCUCUUUAAGGAUAACUCUUUGGAUGCUCCAGUCAAAUUGUGUGACUUUGGUUUUGCAAAAAUAGACCAGGGGGACCUUAUGACACCGCAGUUCACUCCUUAUUAUGUAGCACCUCAGGUCCUGGAGGCACAAAGAAGACACCAGAAAGAGAAGUCUGGGAUUAUUCCUACCUCACCUACACCGUACACCUACAAUAAGAGCUGUGACUUAUGGUCCUUAGGUGUCAUUAUCUAUGUGAUGCUGUGUGGCUAUCCUCCCUUCUACUCCAAGCAUCACAGCCGGACAAUCCCAAAAGACAUGAGGAAGAAGAUAAUGACCGGAAGCUUUGAGUUCCCUGAGGAAGAAUGGAGCCAGAUCUCAGAAAUGGCAAAAGACAUUGUCAGAAAGUUGCUGAAGGUUAAGCCUGAGGAGCGUCUCACCAUUGAGGGCGUUCUGGACCACCCUUGGCUGAACUCUACAGAAGCCCUGGAUAACAUAUUGCCAUCUGCACAGAUGAUGAUGGACAAGGCUAUGGUUGCUGGGAUACAGCAGGCCCAUGCCGAGCAGCUUGCCAGCAUGAGAAUACAAGAUCUCAAUGUCAAUUUGAAACCGUUAAAUAUCGUCAACAAUCCUAUUCUGCGUAAGAGAAAGUUGCUAGGGACAAAGCCAAAAGAUAGUGUUUACAUCCAAGACCCUGAGAAUGGAGGGGAAGAUUCCAAUGUUGCUUUGGAAAAGUUGCGGGAUGUUAUUGCACAAUGUAUACUACCGCAGGCUGGAGAAAACGAGGAUGAGAAACUAAAUGAUGUUGUGUUGGAAGCCUGGGAAUGCAACAGAGAUUGUAAAUUAUUGAGAGAUACACUACAAAGUUUCAGCUGGAAUGGCCAAGGAUUUACAGACAAAGUUGAUCGCCUCAAACUUGCGGAAAUAGUAAAGCAAAUUAUCGAAGAACAAACAAACUCUCAAGAAGAUUCUCAGUAGCUAAAGUGUUUUGUUUUGUUUUUAUUUUUUUAUAUGUUUUUUUAAGAAAAGAAAUCUUGCAUCUUAAACAACUCUAAAAUAGUUUUAUGUAAAUUAUAUCACUGAAUUUCCACAGUGCUUGAACAUACAGCAGAAAUGUAGAUAGAGGUUUAAAAAAAAAAUCAUUGGUACUGUAAUUUAUUUAGAAGAAUAUGAACUGAUUUUUUUUUCACACUACUGUACUGUUAUUAGGUACAAAUCUAGCAGGGAUUACACAGCCGUUCAUGGAUUUGCAGUUCUUUACAAAGGUAUGAGCCCUUUCCAUUUUGUGUCCCUUGAUAGUCAGCAGGCUGCUGUAUACACAAGCUGCUUUAAUACUACCAGCGAAGCCUAGAACAUAUUCCUGAGCUUACAUGUUCAAGGCUUGGCUGGCAGUCAAUACAUUAACAUACUUGAAGAUAGCUUUUGUGGAAUGUAACUGACUUAGUUACACUGGCUAGCAGUUUCCUCAGGAAUAAUUGGAUAGAGCACAUGCCUUUGACUUGUUCACCAGCUGCUCUGUAUACAGGCCAGUAUAAUAUAAAAAGAUAGAACUUUCUAAUAUUCCCCAUGGUCAAGCUUUUCUAUUAAGUGAACAGAAUGUGUGAGAGAACUUUAUUAACCCUGAAAUUAAAGAAGUGUUUUUGCUGUCAACAAAUUGUUGUCCAGUAGGUGGCACUAUUGUGUAUCAGAUUCUUUUUUUGUAUUUGUUUCAUGUGCGUGGUUAUUUUUUUCCUUUCUACUGCACAAUUCUGAGCUUUAAUAGAUUUCGUUUUAGACAAUCUAGUUUUCUAUUUUAACAUUUUUCUUUCAUAUGAAAUAUGCAUAUGUGGUGUAAACUUAGUGUGCCUGAACAUGCAGUGAUUAACUGCAGAUGAAAGUGCCAAUUCUGGGUUUUCUGUAUACAGUAUAGUUCUCGGCAACAACGUUUGUGUCUUGUGGUCCCCUGGUUGUCUCUGCAAAAUAGAUCUUCCCUCAUCUUGCAAAGUUUUUCAUAACAGAGGUUUCAGUAAAAUGUACGUCUGUGUAAACUUGCCAUUCUCUUCCAGCAUGUAUGUACUAUAUGUUCCGAUUUCUUUUUCUGUCAGUGUAUAUAUGUUGAUUUAUCAUAAUACUAGAUGUGUACUCUGCUUUCAGAUGAUGACGAUCUAGUUAAGUUUGUUUUCAUAUGAAAGGCAGAGCCCAAAAAGAGUGGAAUUAAACUGCUUUCUAGUGCUACCACCAUUAACAUCCUUUGGAUCACCUUAAAAGGUCAUCUUCUUGUCUGCAUUUGCUGUGAUGCAAACGUUGUAUUAAACCAUCAGUUUUAUAUAGAUGCUGUAAAGAAAUUCUGACUGAUACAAAGGUACCGUUUGUUGUAACAUCUCCUAAUAUGAAAUUCUUUUAGUUGAAUCUUAAGGGUCAAUCCAGUUGUGGGUGAUUGUUUUUGCCCCUGCAAGUUAGUGCAGCAAUAGCCACACUUUACGAUGUGAAAUAGGUGCUGGGCUACUGAAAUGUUGAUAAAAACUCCAGUGUGAGACUUUGGUAAUAGUUGCAUAAAGAUUUAAUUUGGUCUCCCAAAGCUGCAGGAUUGCCCCCUGAAGUAAUUGAUUCUAUUAGGUAUAAUUUACUAAAACGUGGGUUUUUAGAAGUGGAGAUGUUGCCCAUAGCAACCAAUCAGAUUCUAGCUAUUAUCUUCUAAAAGGUGCUAGAUAAAUAAGUGGAAUCUGAUUGGUUGCUAUGGACAACAUCUCCAUUUCUAAAAACCUGCAUAAGGGUAAAUAUACCUCCUUUUAUCAUAAUUCAUAAUUUCAAUAGUGUACACCUCUGUUUCUAAGAGGACAAGGCCAGUCACUGGCUGUGGUCUCCACAGCUGACCAAUCAUAGCAUGUUAAAAAAAACAAGUGCAGCCAUGUUUGUGUUAUGCAUAAGUGAUGAAACAUAGGGGUAAAUUUACUAAAACUUCUAAAAGGGAGAAUUGAUGAUGUUUAGCCAUAUCAACCAAUCAGAUGCUGUCUAUAAUUUUCUAAAAGACAAUAGAGAAAUGAUAGACAGCAUCUGAGUGGUUGCUAUGGGCAACAUCACCAAUUAUCUAUUUUAGAAGCUUUAGUAAAUUUAUCCCGUAGUGCAAGUGGAUAAUUGUUCGAAUAUUACUCUGCAUUUUCCAUGUUAUGAUACCACAGAGUGUAUAGAGAGAUCACACAGCACGCAUAACCACAUAUCAGUUGCUGUAUGCAUGAUUGGUCAAAACAUACAUACUCCGGUUUGUGUUCUGAAUGGAUUGCCAGGGCAACUAUCAUUUCAUUGAUCUUAUAUUGGGUGCAAACAUAUAUGUCACUUGCAAGUUACAAGUCCUACAAAUCUGUUCUGCAGGUCCCAAAGCUCUCUGCAGAUUAUGAUUGUGUGUGUGUUUUCUAAAUGAUUUUUACACAUAUGUGCUCCUUUCACAUGAGAAGAAGGUAAAGUCUUGAAAUGUCAUCUAUGUUCAUUUAAAUAACUAGCAAGUGGAAUGGUAUUCGCAACAUGUUGAUAUGUACUGUAGGGAAUGUUUUAGAGUAUUAGCAAUUGGUCAAUACUAUUGGAAAUUCUUGAAUUUCUUACUUAUGAUUGGUACAAUUUGUUUAUAUAAAGGAAAACUCCAUUUAUGUUGAAUUAGUUUUUUAAGGGACCCUUAAAAAUUGGAAUCUUAUCAAAAACUUGAAACUGUUUAUGUACACUCCCUGAUGCUGCCAUCUGCACAGUGACCAUAAGUCUCGCUAUGGCUAUUGCUGGUCCAUUCCGCUGUGUCACAAAUCUGCCUUGGUUGGGUUUGAAGACAAUACAGUGUUUUAGUUGACUGAGAAUUUUUUUUUUCGGAGCUGCAGAUUUCAUGGUCGAUCGUCACUAUACAUAAUAUUAAGUUGCUAUCCACUGUUAACGUUGGCAGCUCAGGAUAAGCAGAUCACUCCCAUCAACAAUAGAAGCAAAUGUACCACAUAAUUAAAAUUGUUGUGGGGAGCUCAAUUAGCCAUGGUAAUUUACUGCGACCAUGUUAACCCAUAGGUCAGGAAUUUUAUCCCGUAUUCUGUGGAUUAACGCUCAUUAACAAUCAUUUUCCGGGCAAAAAAAAGUGCUCUAAUUGAAUAGCCCCAGGCUACCAUUCUGUUUUACCCGUGGUAAAAGAACGUAUAUAUUUGUAUUCCACCCUUUAUCAAUGGUCUCACUAAGUGCGGUACAGAUCAGCGGUUUUCCUUUCACUUUUCUAUACAGCUGACACAUUGCUCUGCUCACGGUUGGAUUCUACAGUUUAUGUUAGAGGAUGUUCGGAGGAUGUCUGGGGAGAUGACACAUUGUGUACAUUGGCCUCAUUGGUUGAGUGUUGUAGACUAAACGUUUUUCUUUCAGUGGUAAAAGUCAGUUGUUCUGUUGGAAUACAAAUUGCAUUUGGAUAAUUUUUUGGCAUUUAGAAUCAUUCUUGUAAUUACUUUUUAGUUUUUAUACAUCUACUUUGUUUUAAAUUUUCUUGUAAUUAGGAAUGUAUACCCUUAUUUAUAUACAGACUUUAGAUCAGAAUGCUUUCUGCAUAUACCAGUGAUUUUCAACCUUUUUUUACUCGCGGCACACCGAACAAUGGUGGUCAUUCCUAGUUGUUCGCUCGCUAGCUACUUUUAGCAGCAAUGCAAACGCAAAGCCGCCACCCUCUGGGAGUGUAUCUUAGCAUAGCAGAAUUGCUAACGAAUGAUUAGCAAAUCUGCUAUUAAGUAUUUCCUUGCAGUUUCUGAGUAGCUCCAGACCUACUCCUAGAUUGCGAUCACCUCAGUCCGUUUAGUUCCUGGUUUGACGUCACAAACACGCCCUGCGUUCGGCCAACCACUCCUCCGUUUCUCCAGCCACUCCUGCGUUUUCUGCUGGCAUGCCUGCGUUUUCUAGCACACUCCCGGAAAACGCUCAGUUACCACCCAGAAACACCCACUUCCUGUCAAUCAUUCUCCGAUCAACAGAGCGACUGAAAAGCUUUGUUCGCCCGUGAGUAAAAUAGCAUAGUUUUGUGCAAAAUUGCUUAGCGCGUGCGCAGAACUGCCGGAUUUUAGCCUAUUAGCAAUUCUGCUAAAAAUAGCAGCGAGCGAACAACUCGGAAUGACCACCAAUGUUUUAAAAUUGCCAAGGCACACCAUCCGUUCCCCACAGAAAACCCCCCAAAAAACACACAUUGGCCCUCACAGUAAUAAAAAAUCCACACAUACAUUGGCCUACACAGAAAAAAACAAUGGCAUUGCUCCCCACAUAAAUCAUGUUGCUCCUUACAUAAAUCCUAUUGCUCCCCACAUAAAUCAAUCACAAUGCUCCCCUCAUAAAUCAUGUUGCUCACACAUAAAUCAAUCACAUUUCUCCCCACAUAAAUCCUAUUGCUCCCCACAUGAAUUAUUCACCUUGUUCCCCCCAUAAAUCCUAUUGCUCCCCACAGGAGAAAUAACAUAACAAAUAUUAGCCCCUACCGGUCAGCUGUCCUCCUCCCUGUCCCUCAGUGGCGGGGGUUGUUCAUAGUGGAUUGCUGCGAAUACUGAGCAGCGGGCGGUCGGGCAGGUGUGGAUGUGGGUGGGCAAGGAAAGCUGUGGAUGCAGGCGGAAAUUGGAAGAUGUGUAUGCAGGCGGGUGGGCUGGCUGGAUGGUGAGAUGCGGCGGCCGUGACCUAUGAUAUCACACCGCCGCGUCAUCAAGGCACAGGUCACAGCCGGAGCAUGAAUGAUUCUCUAAGAAGAGCCCGGGCCAACAGUUCACUCUGCAGGAAGCUGCUCUGGCUCCGCGGCACACCUUGCAACUGGUCGCGGCACACUAGUGUGCCACGGCACACUGGUUGAAAAAGCCUGGCAUAUACUAUAGUGAAAUGUAGAAAGGUCAAGAACACUAAUGUAAAGGGAUUUUUUAAGUUGUUUUUUUUUUUUUUUAUUAUUAUUAUAUAUUCCCUAGUUUUAACUUGUCUGCAACCAAAGAAUUAUGUACACUUCUGUCAGCUGCAAAGUUGCUAGGAUGCAUUUAUCCUGAUAAUAAGCAAGUAAGCUGCAUGAACUUGACCCACUUUCCAGAAGUGCACUGUGAACCAACCAUGGUGCUGACCUGUGGAAGGGAUUCACUGAUGUUUUGUGCUGUGUAUAAUCACAUCUCCUUCUUAAAGUAAUAACUUGUUGCUCUGGUUAUUCAUUGGAUGGUAAUUUGUUUAAAGUUCCAACUGACAUUGUCAAGUCAGCACCAUCUUCUUUGUAGAAACUGUGACACCGUUUUAUGCCGCAAGCACUGAAGUAACAAGAUAUUUCACUUCUACUCGGUAGUGGAACUACAGUGGGGGUGGCCUUUGGAGAGUCGUCAAUGUUGGGUACCUCUCGCUCUGAGGCCCCCACACCCUUUUCCCCAAUACCAUCAUCUGAGUGACACAUGCAACUGCUAAAAAGGUACCCCUAAAUGUUGCCAUAGAUGCAUAGUUCCACCUCUGCUCUUACACCACUUUUGCAAAUUGGUGUAUACAUUUCUAUUCUUGGCUUUUCUACAACAGAGGUUCAAAGCCCUGAUGUAUGUACGCAGCAAAGCUGCUUCUUUAAAGUUACUAAACUUAAAACAGAUUAAUUUACAUAAAGAAGCUAACAUUUACAAAGACAUAGAUGUAAGAGCUCCCGUACGUUGACUGAAGAUCGAUAACAAAGUAUACGUAUUUGCGGUGUAGUUGAGCUCAGCCAUUUCAGGUUGGCUGCAGUGUCCUUCAAAGGAAUGACUCUACCAGGAAAUCAGCUGUGUGUAGGGAAAUAAACCCAUCCCUUGACCAACCGUUAUCGCAAAAUAUCUUCAGUUUUGAUACACUCCUGUAGCUUUUACGUAUAUUUGUUCAAGUUAUUUGUAGAUCUUUUUAUGUAUAAAAUAUAUGUAAAAACUUUUAUUUUAGGUUUAGUGGUGCUAUAAUGUUAAAUAUUUUUAUUAAAGUCAUCCACUGAUAAUGUAUUCCCAAAGGUGAGCAUUGUGGGGUGCUAAAUAAAACCAUUUAACUUAAUCUAGGCAACUGUGUUCAUGUUAAGAUGUAUUUUAGUUAUGGAAUUGUGCAUCUCUCGUAUGUAUGUGUGCGUGACUAUUUUCGGAUUCAUGUGGCAUCCUCUACUAGAACUGUAGCAACAUCAUUCGAAAGCUUAGUUGUAACUAUCCUGCGAAUUCUAAAAUCGUGUGUGUAUGUAUAUUUA